CGAAUAUUGUAGGGAAAUCCGAUGAUAAUAAUGAGAAAAAACCACUUUUUGAAAUCCACAACAUCAGCCGUUGGAUUCAAAAUAUGACCGUUAUAGACGCUCUCUUCUAUAUCUGCCUCUGACUCAAACCUUCGCUGCUCUUUGCCACAAUCAAAUAAAAACCCACACCGCAUUUUCAGUCACUCAUCGCAGCAAUGUACUAUUCAUCAUCAACCAUGAAAUCUCACCUUCGGCCACCGCGUCCGAUCCCUAAGUCUCCGAUGCGUCUUCGAACUCGAACUGUUCUCGACUCUCCCUCUCUUCAAACUCCACCAGGUUCUUUAACCAAGUCUCGGAAACUGGUUCAAUCUCCAGAACUACGACCUGAAUACCGCACAAUUGCUUCUGAAUUUAGGGCUUUAUCCAGGAUGGUUCGUGACGAAUUCGGAAAACCAGAUCCGGAAGAAAUUGCUGGUACCAAUUCUUGUAACCCUAAAUCUGGUGUUCUGUUUCAGAGAGGAAAAUUCUAUGAUGAGUAUUCUGCAAGAAGGAACGAGAGGUUGAAGAGAAAGAAAGGAGUCACUGUGGAUGAAAUUAAUACUACUAGUAUUAAGCAACCUAAGGUGAAUAAUCAUCAUAAUGUUCUUGGUGUUACUGUUGAAUCUGGAAAAAAGAAUACUGCAAGAAAGCUUGGAAGUUUGAGAAAAUCUGUUUCUGCUGCUUAUUCUGCCGAGGUUAGUGAAACUCCAAGGUACAUGCUUAGAAGCAUGACUAAGGAGAAUAAGAAACCUCCUCUAGCUGGUUCAAGAUUUGAUAAAUCUGUUACUGUUGGUGAGAAGAAAGUUGGAGCAUCGAGAAGAGUAGGAAAAAUUUCGUACUAUUAGGGUUUGAUUUAAUUAUAAUGAGAACUUGAUUUAAUAUGAUGUAUGGGUUGAAUCUUGUUCUCUGUUAUUUAUUCUGUUACUUUUUACCUAAUGGAAAUUGAUACAUUUUUCUUGUGUCCCAUUUGAUUUA